AUUCAUUAGCAACUGAAUUACAGUGUUAAGUUUUUAAUUCGCAUCUCGUAUUCAAGUGUAGAUAACGUCUAAACCGUUUGACGAUGCAGAAUAAAUUAGUGAUAUUUUUGCUCUUUAGUUUUGCUAAAAUGUAUUUAUCACAAAACUACAACAAUUUAUUUGGAGAAUUAGAACCAUUCGGUCCAGAGGAUUUUGAUGAAAAACCUGUUGUUGAAGAUCCAGGUUUAUGCCAUCAUUCAAACAUGAAAUGUUUAAGCGAUCCAAAACAAUUCGGAAAUCGUAUUUGUGCUUUUGUUAGAAAUGAAGGUCUGCUAGAUUUCGACAGCAUGUGUUCCAUUUAUUUUCUAAAUUGUAUAAAACAAGCGGAAGGUGGCCCCGGCAUGAUGUACGGCGUUCGAGACGAUGAUGACGUAGCUUAUCACAAUGGUCUAAUGCAUAAUUGUUUAUUUUACUUCAAAAUGGCAAAAGAUGCGAAGGAUGCUGUUAAUAUUUAUUUCGAAGCUGGUGGAGAGGGUCCUUACUAUUACAGGAAUGAAGAUGGAGACAUGGACCCAAAUAUACUGGUUUAAGAAUAGACAGGUUUUUGUGUCAUCAAUAUUUUUAGUGUAUUGUUAUGGUAACUAUCGUGAGACAUACUAAAUUAACUAAAAAAAUCAUGGUUUACUCACGUCUAUUAAUGGAGAAAAGCUCUAAUAGAAGAGUCCCUCUGUAACUCGAAACAAGUAGAGCUUUUCUCUAUUAAUAUCCGAGACUAAACCGUGAUUUUUAGUCGACGUUUAAUCAAAAUAAAUGUUUUUUUCAAUGUUUGUUAAAAACAAUAAUGUUUAUCCGGUAGGUAACUGUUUAAAAAGGUUGGCGAUUAUAAUUAGAGAUUAUCAGACCAGGUUUCUUCACAAUAUUAUCCUUCACCGUUUAUUAGUGGUGUCUAAAUAAUAUUAGAAUGAUGACAUAAUACUAUAAUUUUUUUUUCCAUAACUGCCUCCACUAUAGAUGAAACUGAAAGGGCUAGGUUGGUAGAAUAGAGCUCAUUAAAACCGUUGAACAUAAACAAUAUUUGUAUGUAUAACUUGUUUAUUCAAUAAAGAUAUCUUAUU